AUGCCAGUUCAAGAUAUAGCAUCUGGAGCAUUUCGUUCAUUCAGAGAUAAAAUAUCACAUAACUCCUUAAAUACUAAUAAGAAUAUGUACCAAGACCCAAAUAUCCAUCAUUUCAAACUACAAACAUCCUCAUCAGCCACUACAAUGCCGUCAAUAUUAGAGGGUUUUCAAAACUCUAGAUUACAGCCCUAUCGAAGUAGUCUUUAUGGCACAAAGUCAACUAAAAGUUCAGCAAUAGGUGUUCGCAACAAUAAAUUUACUCGUAAUAUUGAAAAUAAACAAUAUUGCCAUCCUAAUGGUAAACAACAAUCACCAAGUCAUUUAAAGCUAAAUUAUGAGCCCCAACAAAUCAAACCGCUAACACCAAAAUUAUGCCGAAGAAUUGAGUCUACCGUAGAAAAUAUUAGAAACAUUCCUGGUAAAAAACUAGAAACCUCACCAUACCGACAACACUUGCAACAAUACAGUAGUGAAACCAAUUCUUGUACCAAUAAUAACGGAAUUGUGGCAACUUCUCCUGCUGCAGUUUGUGUUAAUAAACAUUAUGUGAAAAGUCAAGCAAAUACCAAUACUCAACAAACAAAUUUAAAUGGAAUUUACAAAUCAAAUUCCAGGGGUUCAAUUAAGGAAACAAAUUUAAAGAAAAUAAUUGAUAGAAAUAGCAGUACUCGUAAAAGUUUUAGUAAUAACAGAAUUAGUAUUGGGCCUCCGAAAUCACCUGCAAUUAAUACAAAUACUACACCACAUGUAAAUUUGACACAAUUCCAACAAAAAUAUGUUACUGGUGGAAAUGGAAUAUCACAAAAACGUGCUUAUAAAAACACAAAGUUAUCAAAAGAAAAUCAUGUUCCUAAUGCAAGUGGUUUAAAUGCUAAAUCAAUGACGACAAAACAACUAUUAUCAAAGCUUUCCGUAAAUAAUUUAAAUGGUAAUUCUCAUUUAUCAAAUACUCAACAAAGUUCCCAACGUUUUUCUUUUAUAAAUGGAUCACUUAGAUCAUCAGUCAUUUACAAGAAUAAUCAUAGUGAUAAAGAUAGUAAUAAGCCCGCUAGUGGAAGUUGGAAUAAUAAUGGUAUAUUAAGUAGUAGAGGUAACUCGUUACGGGGUUCUAUACGAAAAAAGUAUUAUGAUGAUGACAAAAUUUCUUCUUGUUCAACAUCAUCACUUCAAAAUGGUAUCAGUAUUACAAAGAGUUCAGCAGCAAAUUAUAACAAAAAUUUAGGAUCUCCAACUUCACCUCAUUAUGAAAAACGUAGAACGUUGUUGAAUUCUUCAUCUUUAAAUAAUGGUGUUUCAUCUUUGAUAUCAUCAACAAACAAAAAUUCGUCCAUUAGUAUUGACUGUAACAAAACACCGAAAACUUUUUCAAGUAAAUUUCCAAAUGGAUUACCUUUUGAAGACGAAUUCUAUAAAAAUAGGCGUUCGUUAUCACAAACAUCAUCUAGUAAUUAUAGUUAUUAUGGUGGUUGUAGUUCAUCGCGUGUAGAAGGAAAUAAAUGUGCCAUUAACGGAACAGCCGAUUUUGAAAAUCAUUUUGGUCAUAAUCUGCACCAUGGUGAUAGUGAUGAGAAUGAUGAUGAUGACGACAAUCUCAUAAAUGAAGAUGAUGAAUUUACACGAAAACCAUCGAACGAACCACUCUAUGUGGAUUUCACAAUUUCAUCUGAUAAUGGAAAUAGCAUUUACGAUAACUCAGAAUAUUAUUGCAAUUAUAUAAACUGUAACAAAAGUUUGGGAUUGAAAGAAGAUCAUUCAGCAAAGACAACAGGGUCAAAUGAUAAAUACAACAAAAAUGAUAACAAAAAUAAUGCUGCAAAAAAUAGUCGGAAUAAUAAAAAAGAUUCAUGUAAUGGGAAAAGUGGAGAUGUCGAUUAUUUUGACAAUAUUGAAAGUUUUACAAAAGGGUAUUAUAAUAUGGAAACUACAACGCAAGAUGAGAAACAUAAUCAUUAUAUCACAGUAGCAUCGUGGAUACCAAAAUGCAAUAGGGUGGGUUUGUUUAAUACCUAUAGCAACAAAGUUAAUGCUAAUAAAAAAGAUACAAAUAAUUACAAUAAAAAGGACUCUUACGAAAGUAGAAACAUUUUGGUAUCCACGAGGAUCAACAAUGACUACGAACCAACAACAAGAAGGAAACGUGAAAGAACAAAGCGUUCACCACAUUACAAUAAAUCACCCACUUCAAGUAGGCGGGGUCAUAAACAUCGUUAUCGUCAUGAUGAAUCGCACGAGGACAGCAGUUCAAGAAGGAGGCAUCGUCAUCGAUCAAAAGAACGAGGUGUUGAUAAUAGGAUAGCGUCACCAGCCAAGAUGUGGAUGUUGGUUGUCCUUUAUAGUUUUAAAAGGCAUAUUGCAAUGAAUGGGUUAAACGAAACAUAUUGUUGA